UCUUUCAAACGACAGAGCAAUAGAUUUGAAAAGUUAUUGUCAACAUCUUCACUCCUCUCCUACAUUGUUGGCUCCAUACUCUAUGCCGCCCGCUCUACUUAUUACUGCUAUAAUUGCACUACUCUCGCGCCGUGUCCCACUAAACACCCAUCACGUAUAUAAUUUGCCAAAUAUGUUUCAGAUACAUUUUUCUCUUUCUCCCUUUUUUACAAUGUCCCCGAAAAAUGCAAAUGGUUACGCCACUAGCAACAACAACAACAACAUAUUAAGCUCUCCGCCGACAUCUCCAAGUAACCGGAAAAAUUGCCGGAGGAGACUACGCCGGCGAGGAAGCUUUGCAAUGUUGCACAGGCGGAACGUUCUGCUGAUUGUCACUGUUCUCUACUUUACGGGACUGAUCAGUUGCGUGGGUCCCCUGUUUUCCCUUUUGCAAUAUUCUGGUUUAGCAACUGGUGCUGUUUAUCGUAGCCAUGAGAUUUUUCAGAAGUUUUGGAAUGACAUUGAAGCUGAUAAUUCUUCUACAAUUGAGCUGUCUUCUGUCUGGAUAUACAAAAGGAAGCUAAAAGAGCAAAAAACCUGUUCCAUUGGGACUACUGCCAUAACUAAAGAUUCUCCUGGAGCCAAUCUUUACUUAAUUGUUGAUGCCAAUGGUGGCCUCAAUCAGCAGCGAUCAUCGAUAUGCAAUGCAGUAGUCAUUGCUGCACUAUUGAAUGCCACAUUACUUAUUCCUCAUUUGGAAUUUCACAAUGUCUGGAGGGAUUCGAGCAAGUUUGGUGAUAUUUAUGAUGAGGAUCAUUUCAUUUCCACCCUUAAAGAUUAUAUUACUGUGGUCAAAAAACUACCAGCGGAACUGAUGGAGAGAUAUGAUUCUAAUAUCAGCAAUAUUCAGAAUUUGCGAGUUCAAGCUUGGGCACCUCCAAGAUAUUACCUGGAAGAGGUUUAUCCUGUCUUAUUUAAGUGGCGGGUUGUUCGUAUUUCCCCCUUUGCUAAUAGAUUGUCAAUGCAUCUUCCAUCUCAUCUUCAGUUCCUGAGAUGCUUUUCCAACUAUGAAGCUUUGAGAUUCUCCUUAGCCAUAUCGGCACUUGCAAAGAAGUUGGUCAAGCGCAUGAUUGAGAGGAGCUCUAACUCUGUUGGGAAGUAUAUUUCUGUCCACCUUCGCUUUGAGGAGGUACACUCUCUCUUCCUAGUUCUACUUGCACAGGAUUUUUUGAGGUCCACUAAAUCUGUUGAUCUUCAAUAUAAUGAUGAAACAUCCAUCUUACAUGUGAAGGACAUGGUAGCCUUUUCGUGUUGUAUUUAUGACGGAGGGCAGGCUGAAAAGUCAGAAAUGGAUGUAGUACGUGAGAAGGGAUGGGGAAAGAAGUUCAAACAAAAAUAUCGUGUUAUUGCACCUGGUCUCAACCGUAAAAAUGGAAAAUGCCCUAUGACCCCUGUAGAGGUUGGGAUGAUGCUCAGGGGUAUGGGAUUUGCCAAAGACACUCCAAUCUAUUUGGCUUCUGGCAAGAUUUACCAGGCAGAUAGAUAUCUAGCACCUCUGCGGAAGAUGUUUCCUCUCCUACAAACCAAGGAGACUUUGGCAACCAAAGAUGAGCUUGCUCCAUUUGAGGGUUAUUCAUCUAGACUAGCGGCUGUGGACUACCUAGUAUGCUUGUUUAGUGAGGUAUUUGUAACCACUCAAGGGGGAAACUUCCCUCAUUUUUUAAUAGGCCAUAGAAGGUACCUUUACAAUGGACAUGCCAAGACUAUCAAACCUGAUAAAAUCAAGCUUGUAACUUUAUUGCAGAACACAAGUACAAGGCAUCUAUUUGCAUAAGAAGCUCCCGAUCUUCCUCCUCGUGGCCCUUGAAAUCAACCCCAAAGAUUUUUCCAAGUUUAAUUAUGUUCUGCCGCACCUAUAUUGAUGUGGUCUUUUCCUUUUCAAAGAUAUAUGGGUGUUUCUGUGGCUAUUGGUGUUGCCUCCUCCACGUUCCACAACUCUCCUCCCAUACUGAAAUUGGCAUUCAUAAUUUGUUGAUCCAUGCAGCUCUCGAGCCCAACGUUUUGUCUGAUAGUUAUUUCCCCCUCUAACUUUUUGGUAAUUUUUGCAAACUCCAACUUAUUAUCUUCGCUGGUACCGGCUUCUCCAUCUUCAGCAGAAUUUUGAAUCCUCCCUUCGUCUUCUUUACUGAUGUUUUCUGGUAAAUUUCUAAGCAUCACAGUCUCCUCCCAUAGAGCAUCUGUGAAGAUUAAGUUGGGUUGGGCUUCUGAGGGCAUCUUUUGUUGAAACUUUUUUUAGACUGGGCCGGCCCAAAAUUAGAGGUACCCAUGUUGUUAUCUGCAUGUAAUAAGCUUUUCACAUGCUCCACAUGUGGGUUAGAUUUUAAAAAAUCGCACCCCACGUAUGUAAUCCAGUUGACAACUGUCAACGCAGCUAUUUCCUUGAUAACAUCAAAAGGCGCUUUAGUCCGCCGGACAAUACCCAUCUUUUUGUCAAAGAGCGAUUGUUGUGUAAAGCCUUUUGCUAGGGUUCCAUUCUUUUCCACUUUUUCCGGCGUAGCUUUCGCCGGAAUUUCGAUGCAGGGGUAAGCCCAUAGCCUUGAUCCAGGUUGAUUCUCUUUGGCAUUGGGCAGGUAUACAACCAGUGAGAGGGGUCCACUAUUGUAGUUGAACCAUCGAUUUUCUCCAGAUCUAUUCUCCUUGGACUAUUUGCUCAACCAUGUGCUUGUUUAGAAAUGUGAAGAGGAAGGUAUAGCCUUCCAUCUCAUAUAUGUGGACACCAAAAGCUUUCUUCCAUGUAAAGGAGGCCCACCUUAGUAUGGGUGACUCAUCUCCUCUAAAAAUUUUCGUCUAAUGCUUCUCCCCAGAGGCCCCUUAGGGUUGUCAGACCUUUCAAUUUGAUCUUAGUGUUGCCAUUUACUGCCCUCAACCGCGCUGACAUAUGAGAUGGUGUGUUCUGGUAGUUGGUUGACCAUACAUUGAUGGUUAGCAUUUAUGAAGUUUUCAAUCUUGAGAGCUAUGUCCCUCCAUCCUGCAUUUAUUGCCAACUCUGGGACAAUAAUAACUUCUCUAACCCCAUCUUUAAGGGACAAAAAGCUCAUGUACUUUUCGUGUUCGUUGUACUUUCUGUGUUCGUUGUACUUUCUGGUGCCAUAAAACUCAACUGCUUGGUCCUUAGUCCUCCAUCUUCUUACCAGAUUCCUACCAGAUUCCUGUUGUCGUUUGAUGCUUCUUUGAGGAUAUGGCAAAUCCACUCCAUUGUCUUCCUACUCAGUGUUAUUCUACGCAUUAUGUUUUUGCUUCUCUCAACCCAGUCCAACCAAAUUGUAUUGCCGGAGUUCCAUCUUGUAAUGUCGAAAGACUUAAAACCCACAUUGAAAUAAAUUCGAUUUUCUGCCAUUGAUUUGAAACAAUAAUAAGAGGGAUUGAAGCAAUAAUCACAGUGGGUGAAUAUUGAUUGGUUAAAAAAAAGAAAGGUUAGAUUGUUGGAGAUCGGUGCCGGAGUGAGACUUCUACAGUCCUAGAAAGUAGGAGAGAGAAGAUCCUUGGUAUCCGUGCCUGGGAGCAUUUUUUCUUAGUGUUCAACUCUCUUUCCUAAUAGAAUGAAUUUGUUUCAUCUUUUCACAUAUCACAUUCUCUUGAAGUACAUGCAACUCUGUCUUAAUCAUCAAGAGCACAAUAUUUGUUGACUGAUGGAGGAUUUCAAGGAAGAUACUAAUCAUAUCAAGAUUUGAUCCUCUAAGAUCUUAGGAUACCUUAGGAUAAUUUUUGUGAUCUAGAAUAUCGUAUCUGUGAUUUUUUUUCUUUCUAUGAUUCUGUACAAUCCCAGAUUUCAUGGGAUUUAGAUGAUUCUACUCAACAAUCUCCUAUGUAUAUAAAACCCAUGUAUAUGACAUAGAAAAGAUUGAAUGAAAUUAUUCAAUCAUCUUAUUUCACAUGGUAUCAGAGCUUUAGGCUUAUUCCUGACCAUUUUUAUUUUAUUCAUUCAGUCUUGAAGUCUUUUUUUCCCGCUUUAUCUGCCCAAAUGUUGAAACCAUUCAAAACCAUGUCUGAAAAGGCAACUGAUGCAAAUAUUCUAGUCCCUGGAAGUGUUUCUGCAGCCGUAGAGAAUAACUCUACAGUUUCAACUGGAGAUUUGCAAAACAUGCAAGCCUCUUAUCGGUUGAAUGGAAGAAAUUACCUAAAAUGGGCUCAACUAGUUCGUACCGUUUUAAAGGGUAAAGGGAAAUUGCGACAUCUUCUUAGUUUAGGACCAUCUAAAGAAGACCGCACGUUUGAUGCAUGGGAUGAACAAGAUGCAAUGGUGAUGUCUUGGUUAUGGAACUCCAUGCUUCUGGAAAUCAGCGAUAACGUUGAGCACUUACGGAAAUUUGGGCAGUGAAGGAGACGUACUCUAAAGUACAUAAUGCUGCCAGGAUCUAUGAAAUAAAAAUAAAACUUUCUGCAACAAAACAGGGAGCUCGACCUGUCACUGAAUAUUCUAACUUUUUACAGGGGUUGUGGCAAGAAAUGGAUCAUUAUCAAUGCAUUCAAAUGUGUUGUAAAGAUGAUACUGUGAUUCUGAAAAGAUUUAUUGAAAAAGAAAG